GACAACUCAAUUUUACCAACAUUUUGUUGCUGUACCUGACUGCUCAAGCCAUUGCGGCCUCAAUCACAGGCACUUUUUGCAGCCAUGUCCCGAUUUGUUUUUGUUCUUUCUGCUCUUCUUAGCACUUGCAUUGGAUUUGCAUCCGAUUUGGAUGCCUUGGAUUUUGACGAUGCCUGUGGAAAAGACUGCACCUUAUCUUUGCGUCAACUCCGCGGCGUGCCAGGGGAAAGUGACAACACUGCUGACGAGGGCGCAACAGUUGAAGAGGGAAAAAACAGUGCUCAAGAGGGAGAGAUAGUUGGGCCUGCGCUGAAAGAGACACCAGGCAAGUCCGAAUCAGAGGCAACUUUACCCGAAGCACCGGCUGAUCAUGCCACUGCAGAUGCAGAGAUCGUUUCGGAGGCCGAAGAUGUUGCAGAUGCGGAGUCGGAGCAUCCAAAGCCCUCAAUUAGCAAGGUCAAUGAGACAAAGUUGUAGGAGAAGAGGGAACAUGAAGAGGGUGGUACCUGCUGCUUCAGUGGGGAGAGCACCAAGGACACCUGUGGAACUUGCUAUCCCAUGUCAAUUGCCUCAUACAAAAGCAAGUGCUCGAAGAAGAACGAGUGUGGACAUUGCGGUGGGACUUGGUGUCCCUCAAAAUGCGUUAUUGGUGCCGCAGAUCCUUUCAACAAGUGUGGGACUGCGUAUCCUACCGGGAUCUCCAGCGAUCCCUUUUGCUCCGGCAAGGAUGCAUGCAAGAGCUGCAAUGGCGAAUGGUGCCGUGCAGGCUACAACUCGCAUUUUACCAUUGUCGAGGGCAACCAUGGUCGGGAAGUGCCAGAGUAUGUUCCACCUGAAGAUGAAACAUUGGGCAUUUGCUGCUAUCGUGGCAAAUUGGGAAGUGCCAAAGACAUGUGCGGCGCAUGUGCAGAUGUGGCCAAGGACUCCACUUGCUCAGUGAAGAGCCGGUGCGCUGGCUGCGGCGGCACCUGGUGUCCAGGGCCCAGGUGUGUGAAGUCGUUUGCUGAUAAGAAGAAUCCGUGUGGGUCCGCAUACCCCUACACUGGAAUUGCGAAGCAAGAUGACUAUUGCGCAUUGGAUGAGAAGCAGUGCUCUAGCUGCAAAGGGGCAUGGUGUGAGCCAGGGAACAUUACGUACUCUGACGGGCAGAAGUAUGACCCAAGCCAUCCCUACAUCUCUCCGACCGACCAACGACUAGAGCCGGAGGACCCAGCGGAAACAGCAGAAGCUGAGAAGGAGGUGGCAAGUGAUGAUAGCAUCGAAGAUCUCUUCCCAGAUGGCUUAGCAUGAUAUCACCAGGUCAUACUUCUUGUUCAUGGCCUACGUCCCUGAAUGUCUGAGAUUGAUCGUGUUAAUAGUUUUGGUGUGAUGAUGCUGCAAACAGUCAAACGCAUCAUAUUUAAUGGGGUUCAGAGCCCCGGCCAGUUUUCCUCCUAGCUUGCAGUUGCUUGAGUCCCUUGACUCCUGUCUGCAGGGAACUCCCCUUUUGCUGGUAGCAGGUGUUGACAGAACGACACCUUUCUGCCUUGAAUUUCAUAGAUGCCAUACAUUUGGCGAGCCUGUUUUGCAACUGCGGGCUUGCAGUACAGAACAGCCGAAAUGCUUCAUUAUCCAAACAUGAUCAAACAUGCAAAGGAUAAAGAUGGCC